UCAGUCCUCCCUCCUGAUGGCACCAUUUCUACCCCACAAAUAGAUCUGACACCGUGACGCACAACAGGUGCCAAAAAAGCCAAAAAAAAAGAAAAGAAAAGAAAAACGCGCGGGCUGUACUUGCGCAACUCAUCUCCAUCCAUCCUUCUGAUGUGGGGGGCUAUUUAAACCUGGGCCGCGGAGGAUGCAACACAACCUGUUUGCCCCCUCCUUGUCCUCCUCCUCCUCCCUGCGUCCCCCCGGCACAGCAGACAGAUGAAGACGGACGGCGUGGUGCAGACGUUCAGCGCGCGGAAGCAGAGCCUGAUCGAGGAUGCGCGCAGGGAGCGCAGCAGCGGCUCCGCGGGCUCCCCGGGGCCCUCCCGGUACGGAGACGGCUUCGUGUUCGAGGAGAAGCUCGGCAGGGUGACUCUGAACGUCCUGUUCGCCCUGAGCAACGGGAAGAACGCGGGCUUCUUCAAAACGGGGAAGAUAUUUGAGACCUUCGAAGCCAAGCUCCUCCACAUCGAGAGUCGACCGGGGAGGAAGUCGAAGAACGGCGCGGCCGACCUCGAGUUCUUCAUGAGGUGCGAGGUCCACAGCUCGGACCUGGACGUGUUCAUCAACUCCCUGAAGAGAGUGGCCGACGACGUCCGCUCCAUCCCGGAGGAGAAAGUCCCCUGGUUCCCUCGACAGAUAAAAGACCUCGACAGAUGCAACUUGUUAAUCACUAAAUUCGACCCGGACAUGGACCAGAACCAUCCAGGAUACAGUGACUCAGAAUACAGAAAAAGACGAGCUGCCAUCUCAGAACUCGCCUUCAGAUACAAACAGGGGGACCAGCUGCCCACGGUGGAGUACACGGCCGAGGAGAUAUCGACAUGGAGGGAGGUUUACCGGCAGCUGAGGAGCAUCUAUCCCAGCCUGGCCUGCAGACAGUUCCUGGACGGCCUGCAGCAGCUGGAGAAGGAGUGCGGCUACGGGGAGGACGGCAUCCCGCAGCUCAGGGAGAUAUCAGCCUUCCUGAAAGAGAAGACAGGUUUCCAGCUGCGUCCGGUCGCCGGCCUCCUGUCAGCCAGAGACUUCCUGGCCAGCCUGGCCUUCCGGGUGUUUCAGUGCACGCAGUACAUCCGACACGCAUCCGCACCCAUGCACUCGCCCGAGCCAGACUGCUGUCACGAACUCCUCGGCCACAUUCCCAUGCUGGCUGACAAAGAAUUCGCCCAGUUUUCUCAGGAGAUUGGACUAGCCUCUCUUGGAGCCUCAGAUGAAGACAUUGAGAAGCUGUCAACGUUAUACUGGUUCACCGUGGAGUUUGGCCUCUGCAAGCAGAACGGGACGGUGAAAGCGUACGGCGCAGGACUCCUCUCCUCUUACGGGGAGCUUGUUUACGCUCUGUCAAACGAGCCGGAGUACAAGCCGUUCAACCCGGAGGAGACGGCGCUGCAGCCGUACCAGGACCAAACAUACCAGCCUGUUUACUUUGUGUCCGAGAGCUUUGAGGAUGCAAAGAUGAAGCUGAGGGAAUACUCUGCCAACAUCAAGCGCCCCUUUGCAGUUCGCUACGACCCCUUUACCUGCAGCGUGGAGGUCCUGGAUCAGCCCAGCAAGAUCCAGAACGCUCUGAGCCAGAUGAGAGAAGACCUGAAGACCCUUCACAGCGCCUUGGACAAGCUCAGCUUAUCGUAACAUGAACCGACUUCCUGCAGAGAUGUGCGAGCAAAAGACUUUUGAGUAAACCGUCCGUGAACAACUCAGAAAAUCAAAAUGUAGUCACAUCUGUCGGGCUCAUUUAUUUAUGUGUACAAUGGAAUAUUUAAAGUGAGGAUCAUGUAAAAAGAAAUAAAGGUUUAUUUUCAUG